CAUUAUAUGUCCCUGAAGGACUUUUUUGUUUAAACGGUGAGCAUACACUCUUGAAUGCCCGUGUUUGAAUGCACAUAUAGCAGAUACUUCCCAUUCACUGUAUAUUCACUGUCCUGAACGCCCCCACAGGAAGGAAGUUGUUGAGGCUGUUGUAUGUUUAUAUGGCGAUCAGCCUUAGUGUGACAUCGCUCCUGAUAGUUUAAACAAACUUUAUGUAAACACGUCUACUUGCUACUGUAACGAGUGAAAGGGGCAGAGAGACACUUAUGGAAGGGAGGGAAAUGAGUCAAAUAUAGAAAGACUUCUGAGCUGGCUGCACUCCAGAUGGCCCGAGCUGGGAAUCGGCUGGAGACGCUGAGGGGGUUCACCUGGGUUUCCUUCAUACCAGAGGGUUGUGACCCGGCCACGGUGUCCCUUGCCUUUUUUUUUGAGCAUGUGUGUAUGUGUGUGAGACCGUACAGGCCUUUGAGGCCUGAAACUAUAAGUGUGGAGCUGCUGCGUAGGGACAGGAAGUUGAACUCCCAUUGGAAAGUCAAGCCGAGGGAUGGAAAGAAUAAGGAUGGAGAAAGAGAACAGGACAAGGAAGAGGGUGCCCGGGACACGUUUGAGAAUUACUACAGGAAGCAGCGGCGGAAACAGGCCCGACUAGUGCUGCAGCCUCACUCUAACAUGCAUGAAACAUUAGAGGGGUACAGGCGCUACUUCAAUCAAAUUGUCGGUUUUUUUGUAGUGGAGGACCACAUCUUGCACACUACACAGGGCCUGGUAAACAGGGCUUAUGUGGAAGAAUUGUGGGAGCUGGCCCUUUCAAAGACCAUUGCAGCCUUGCGUACACACUCAUCUUAUUGCACUGAUCCAGACCUGAUAUUAGAUCUGAAGAAUCUUAUUGUGCUGUUUGCAGAUACACUGCAGGGUUAUGGCUUUCCAGUAAACCAGUUGUUUGAUAUGUUGCUGGAGAUGAGGGAUCAAUAUGGAGAGAUCCUGCUGAAAAAGUGGAAUCAGUCCUUCAGGCAACUCUUGGAUCAGGACAACUACAGCCCCAUUCCCGUGGUGUCACGUGAAGAGUACCAGCGAAUAGCAGGCCAAUUCCCCUUCCAGGAUCCAGAGCUCGACAAGAUGCCUUUUCCGAAGAAGCUGCCAUUUUCUGAAUUUGUGCCUAAAGUAUACUCGCAACUCAAAGAAUUCAUCUACGCCUGCCUGAAAUAUUCGGAGGACUUGCACCUUAGCUCCACAGAAAUUGAUGACAUGAUCCGCAAGUCUACAAACCUCCUGCUCACACGAACCCUUAGCCACUGUCUACAGUAUGCCAUAAAGAAGAAAAACGUAGGACUGGCAGAGUUGGUUCAGAUCAUCAUCAACACCACUCACCUGGAGCAGUCCUGUCACUACCUAGAAGAGUUCAUCUCCAACAUAACCAACGUGCCUCCUGACACCAUUAAUGCCACCAAACUCUAUGGAACCUCCACCUUCAAGGAUGCAAGGCAUGCCGCUGAAGAGGAGAUCUACACUAACCUGAAUCAAAAGAUUGACCAGUUUCUGCAGCUGGCUGAUUAUGAUUGGGCGGCAGCACAGGGAGGUGGGCAGGCCAGUGACUACCUGAGUGACCUCAUCGCUUUCCUCUGUAGCACCUUUGCAGUGUUCACUCACUUGCCCGGGAAGGUGGCUCAGACGGCAUGUAUGUCAGCCUGUAAACACCUUUCAACCUCUCUGCUGCAGCUGCUGUUGGAGGCUGAUGUCAGGCAAGUGUCUAUGGGAGCCCUGCAGCAGUUCAACGUGGAUGUCAAAGAGUGCGAGAUUACUGGAUCUCUUCACUCAGUGGGACUGGUCCACGUAUCUGGCUGACUACGGCCGACCCACCUGCAAGUACCUGCGAGUCAAUCCUCACACGGCUCUGGCCCUCCUAGAGAAGAUGAAGGACACCAGCCGCAAGAACAACAUGUUUGCUCAGUUCCGUAAAAACGAACGGGACAAGCAGAAGCUCAUAGACACCGUUGUCAAACAGCUGAGAAAUCUCAUCGCCACCAACCAGGCCUGAGAAAGCCAUCGCAUCAGCACACAGCCCCACUUCCUGAUGAGUUGCCACCAGACUGUGUGGACUGCGCUUGCACACCUCCAUUAGUUGGACGUAUUGUUCUAUUCCCACACAGACACUUGCACUAACAUGCACAUAUAAACGCACCUCUGAAAGGCGCACCUGCUAAACCAUCCCGUGCCUGUGUCUUCCUAUGUGACUACCUGAACACAUCAAGGACACCAAAUCACAUUUUGCUCUUUAAAACAGGUUUUGGUUGCCUUUUAUUGUCUUGUAUUGAGCGUCUUACAAAAGCACUGUUCUCCUGUCACGCAAUUUGAAUUGCCUUUACAGUAGUUCUAAAGUAUUAUCUCAUUUUUGAAUUUGACAACUAUAGUUACACUGUAUUGUGGAUAUCACUUCAGUUGCUGCAAAGUUAAAGGAAAUUGGAACACUAACUAGACUUGAAUAUUGCUGUCAUAAUGUCUAACAGAUCAAAUUUAAAGGGAUAGUUCCCCUAAAAUUGAUCAUUUACUCACCCUCCCUUCUUUCCAAACCUUUCUAUCUUCUGUGGAACACAAAAGAUAAUAUUAUUGUAAGUGUAAUUAUUGUUUUGGAAGUCAGUGAUAGCCAAAACUAUUAGAAAAAGUCAUACAGGUUUGGAGCAUAUGUGGAUAAAUGAUGACAGAAUUAUCAUUUUGGAUGAACUAUCAUUUUAAUAUGUGUGAGAAUGUAAAUGAAUAUUCUCACAGAUGGGUCUAGGGUUCAUUUGAGUGCUGAUUAUAAUGAGGGAAGUUCUCAAUACAGGGAAUCUAGUUACUGCCCUUGUUAAAUCUUUCAUGUGUAGUAAUUGUAUACUAGACAUACUUCAGCUUUAGUCUGUUACAGCAAAGACAUGGAUUAUAGCUUAAUACCUUAAAGAACCACAGCUGUGUGGCAGUUUUGGAGAGGAUUAGUUUACUAUUGUCUUGAAAAUGACCAGGUUAAGAUUAAGGUUUGGCGUUUUUUGACUAGACUUCAGAUAUGCAGAAUAGAGGCUUUUGUCUCUUGUAUUCAUUAAUUGCAAAUAUAUCAGCCAGCAUUCAAUGCCAAAACUGACUGAAGAUGUGUAAGGUAGGGGAACAUACCAGAGCAGGCUAAUGUCAGCUUAUUUACACCGAUGUACAUUAAAACCUAAUAUAAAUUGCUUUUAGUAUUUAAACAGUGUCGUCUUCCCAUAACUUUGAUAUUUACUCUGAUAGGAAUGAGGGUGCAAUAUUACGUUUUUCUUUUCAAAUUGACCCGAGAGUUUUAGCUAGCAGAGAUUGUUGUGUUUAAAGGGAGUUUGCUUUUUCUUUCAUUUCCAAUUUUACUGACACAAAAGAUGUGUGUUUGAAGCCUGUCCCUUACAAUGGAUGCGAAACCAUUAAAUGAUAAAUGGAAUUCUUCAUUUUUAGGGACAGAACGAGCGCCAUGUCAAAUUAUUUUGAGCUGUCUUCUGGAUUCAGCUCUUUCUGUCUGUGCCUUGAAUUUUUUCCAUGCCUAUCAUUGAUUGUGUGUGUGUUUUUUCCCCCCGCACAGCACCUGGUCUUGGACGUAUGACCAGGGAAUGGACAUGUGCUGGUGGGUGAACGCGAGCGUGCAUGAGAACAUUCAGCCUUAGCAGACAGCUCUGAUUGUAGAGAACAGUACUGACUCCAGAGAGACGCACUGUACAGAUUGUUAUAUUAAACCACUAAUGAAUAUUACAAUACUAAUAAAUUCAGCAAAUGCCAACAAAUAAGUAAUAAA